AUGGAUUUUGAUGCAAAGUAUAAGGAAAACUUUUCUUCUCAUCAUCUCCCCUUAUUCUUCCAUGAAAAUUACUCAAAACAAAGAGACGAAUUCGCCAUAGAAGAAGCUUUGUCAUCAAAGGGUAAUACUAGCUUCAUCCAAGAUGUUCACCCUCUUGAGAAUUUUAGUAUCAAUGCCUCAUCUUCUACAUCAAAUCAUGGGUUGUUUUCCAUUCAACCAAAUUGUUUCGAUUCGUUCGAAAAUUCUCCAUAUGGAUUCUUACCAAGUUUUGAUUUGUUUGAAACCAAGUUAUUUGGAAAUCAUGCAAUGAAUAAUGGUUCUUUGGCUCCUUUCAUGGAUAACAUGAAUCAAAAUAUAGGAGGAGGAGGAGGAGUUGGGAUUUUAGGGCAUUCUCAAAUGAUCACUACUCCUAUCAAUAUGUUAAAUAAUUCAAGUACUCAAAACUAUAACCCUUUUAGCUACUAUGAAUUAGGGCCUCCAAAAUAUAGACCUUCAGAUGAAGAUUCAUGCACAACUCCUAAAGCUCAUGGUACCGCGAUUUCGAGUGGUUUGUCUACUACAACAAUGGUGAGAAGAGGACGUAAGAAAAAGCCUAAUGUUGUCAAGGGACAAUGGACUAUUGAAGAAGAUAGACUCUUGAUUCAGUUGGUGGAACGUUAUGGUGUAAGAAAAUGGUCUCAAAUUGCUCAAAUGUUAAAUGGAAGGAUUGGGAAACAAUGCAGAGAAAGAUGGCAUAACCAUUUAAGGCCAGAUAUUAAGAAAGAUUUGUGGAAUGAAGAGGAGGACAGAAUUCUGAUCAAAGCCCAUGCAGAAAUAGGUAACAAAUGGGCAGAAAUUGCAAAAAAAUUACCAGGAAGAACAGAAAAUUCUAUUAAAAACCAUUGGAAUGCAACCAAAAGAAGGCAAUAUUCUAAGAGAAAAUGCAGAUCAAAGUACCCAAGACAAAGUUCAUUGUUGCAAGAAUACAUUAAAAGCUUAACUCCUGAAACAAUCAAUGCUGGUUGUAGGAAAAAACCACCAUCUUCUGGAAAUCAUCCCAAUUCUUUGGAAAACACUACUAAAUCAUCUAAUGAUCAAUCCGGGUACUCGAAUUCGGGCUCGAGUGAUCGAAUAGGGCCAGAAUAUGACUUCAGUGAGGUUCCAGAUUUCAACUUUGAUGCUCAAAUGUUUGAAGAGAGUAGCAUAGACUCUCUGCUUGAUUAUGCACCUAAUAAUGAUGAAAAAUGCAAUGCUUUUGGUUAUGAUCAUCAACUAAUGCAAGCCUCAUCUCAGAUUAUGAAUGAUUCUGAAAUUGUUUUUAGUCCAAUUAUGCAAUCUGAGGUGAAAAGAGAGCUUGAUUUAGUGGAGAUGAUUAAUCAAGUUAAUCUCUAA